AUGGCCGGGCCACUGUCCCAUAUCCUCGACCCUCCCCGGCCAGCAUCUGGACUCCCACCAGUAUCGCUGCCGCCACCAGUGCCGUCGGGCUCAAGCUCAACCCUACAGACGAAUCAUCGCGGCACCAAUCUGUACGCAUGCCGAGACUGCGGUCGUUCAUACUCUCGACCAGAGCACCUCGUGCGUCAUGUUCAGACGCACACUCUCGGCCGUCGAUUCGUAUGCGACAUCUGCCAGAAAUCCUUUGCCCGCAAAGACUUGCUGCGACGCCAUGUGGCCAACCAUGACAACGACUCGCCCAAGAAGCGCCGACGUACUACGAACUCCCCUGGUGCCGGCCGGGUGUCCCACGCCUGUCGCUCUUGCGCCGUGGCUCGUGUGAAAUGCGACGACACAAAGCCUUGCAAGCGCUGUGUCACGCGCAAGCUCGAGUGCGUGUCAACCGAAGCGCCGUCGACGGCGGCCAUGCAUCUGAUGCAUUUCUCGGCCAACGCACAUUCCUCUGCGCAGGGCAGCAGCAAGGACGACAAUGAGCAGGAAAAGGAGGACUCGACGACCACCACAUCGCGAGAAGAAUCCCACUCGCCGGGAUCCAUGUCCUUCUCCAACCACCAAGCUCAACCCCGCCCUCUGCCGACAACUGCGCCUCAAUCAAUGCAUGAGCUGGCUCCGCUGCACCACAAUAAUCAGCGACAGCACCACCGCCACCACAGUCAACAUCGCUACAGCAAUGACCGACUUGGCAGUUCUGUCACCCCUCUUCCUUCCUUCCAAGCCAGAUUUUCGAGUCAUGAGCCUAGUCAGCUGCUGACACCAGAGACUUAUGCGGAAAAAGGCAGUGCGAUGGACCCCAGUCGUCUCCCCUUCUCCGAGUUCCUACGAGAUGUUGUCCAUGAGAACUCGGCCGAGACGACACGCUCCGGACCCGUCCAAGGUCUGACUCUGCUUGACUUUUGUGACCAGGGCAAUCUUGAUCUCAACGAGGAUGAUCUUGGCUUGCUGGACCACUGGAACGUGGACGGUCACCAAUCGUUGUCUCAGGGGAUAAGGUUGGCGCCAGGCGGGCACAUCCGUGACGGCUCCACAGACAUGGCGCAAGUGCGCCAGGACUUGGUGAAAAUGUGGACGAACUCGACCUGGACGCCAGCCAACAACGGCAAGAGCCGCAACAGUGGGACAGCUGCGAGUCCGGCCAGCACGCCUGACAUGCGUGAUCGCAUCGACAGGAUCACACCGGAGAGGCUUGAGCCUUCAGCUCGAGACCGUGUGCUCGCAAUGGUCCUCAGUACAUGCCGGCCAGGCUCCAGUGCCAUGCGAGUGGCCUCCUCGUUUCCCUCUGUGGAGGUGAUGGAUGUGCUUGUCCAGAACUUUCUGCUGUCCAUGGCAAAUCAGGCUUCACAGUGGAUCCAUUUCCCAACUUUCCGUCUUGACGGACAAUCAACGGAAUGGGUCGCCAUGGCCGCUGCUGCUGGUGCGGCCCAGUCGUCCAUGUCGACACUGCGAAAACUCGGGUUCAUCCUACAAGAUGCGGCUCGAACAGGCGCCACCCUCCCGACCCAAUUUGAGGACAACACCCCCACCGCUCGCGAUAUUGGGCUCGUCCAAGCGCUGCUUCUAGCACAAGAAAUUGGCCUGUGGAGCGGCAACCGGAGGAGAAUGGAACUAGCCCAAAGUCAACUUGCGAUCCCCGUCACGCUCCUGCGAUAUCGCAAUAAGUUCUUACGUUCCUCUUAUCCGCAUGUGGCAGUCGAUCCCUCGGAUGAUGGCGCUGAGCUAGAAGCCAAGUGGAGGCUUUGGGUGGAACGGGAGCGAUGGAAGCGUCUGUGUUCCAUGGCGACUUUGACCAACCAGGCCAUCUCAUACGCGGAGCUGACGCUGCCCCUGCCCGAACCAAAGGAGCUCUGGAUGGCCGGCAGCGCGCUUGAGUGGAAGGCCGAGUAUCUGCAGCGCCAUGCUGAUCGAGGCCGCCCCCUUCCCUCAAUGGGCGACCUAUUUUACGACAUACAUCAACUGUCAGGCAACAUGCAGCGCUUGGACGUGCAAGCGUCCGUUUCGAUCUACUUGCAUGGCUUCUGGGCUCUGAUACUCGAGUAUCGGCGGCUGAGCGCCAUCCACAAAGCCCGCUCCAACAACGGCAGCGUGGGAGGGAACCAGAAUCUUCUGCUCGGAUCCCGUCACCAAGAGCUCUUGAAGGACCUACAGAGCUUCCAGCUGCUUGCACAGGAAUGGCCGGACGUGACUUCUGAAGAGCACAUGGUACUCAGCUUUCUCAUCAUGAGCUUGCACGUUUCACUCGACGACCUGCAGCUCUUCGCUGGAAAAGAGGGAGAGGACCAAGCGCGGCGCACCUAUCCCGUGCUGCAGCAGUGGGCAUCCAGCUCCGAAGCCCGGUCGGCUGUUUCGUGCGCAAGCCAGAUUCUCCGAUACGCAAAGGCCGUCGCGCCUGGUCAAUUGAAAGACUUUUGUGCGGUGGCGGUGCAGCAGGCCGCUCUAGCUCUGUGGGCGUAUGGUGUCAUCAACAAGGCCAACAACAAGGGCCCUCCCGCUCUGCCACCGCUGUACCAGUCUUCUGACCCCGUGUACUUGGAUGGCACCGAUACCAUGCCCAUUCAAAGAUUUGUUGGCUUUGGUCAAGGUCGGCCAGCCAUCCGCGGACCGACGAAUGGCGAGAGCGCAUCCGAGUCCAGUCUGGACGAUCCGCGCGCUUGCAUGGCGAUCACCCAGGAGGUUCUGCGCAGCAACAUGAACGACGGAUGCGAGAGCCUGCCGCCCAUGGUGGAGAAUCUUUGCACGCUGGUCAAGCAGCUGGGAGACGCUGCUUGGGCCGUUGGGCUGGCCAUGGAAUCCCCCGCCGCCUCCACCACGCUCCUCGUCACCGUGACCGUCACCGCCCUCGCGACGACUACCCUCCUCCUCGUCGGCAAGACGACCCUCUGGCCUCGACGCGAGAAGAUUCUCCCCAACCCACUCAAGACCGCGCUUCCCCAUCUCCCCGCAGAGUCCCUCAAGUCCCUUGUCUACCAGCCCGACCAGUUCCCCGGCGCCCGUGACGUGGACACGCCCUAUGGCAGGAUCCGCGCGUACGAGUUUGGCCCCGAAGAUGGGGAAAAGGUUCUCUUUGUCCACGGCAUAUCGACGUCGUGCGUAACGCUCUCGCCCAUUGCGCACGGUCUCGUAAAGCGCGGUUAUCGCGUCUUGCUGUACGAUCUGUUUGGCAGGGGGUUCACGGAUGGCGUGGGAGAUUUACCGCACGACGAACGGCUGUACAUCACGCAGAUGCUGCUCGUGCUGGCGUCGUCGGAUCUGAGCUGGACCGGCAAGAGCGCGCGCCUCAAGGUCGUGGGGUACUCACUCGGCGGCGGCAUUGCGGUGCAGUUUGCGGCGGCGUUCCCCAACCUGGUCGACUCGCUGGUCCUGUUGGCGCCGGCUGGGCUGAUCCGGGCGGAGCUCUUUGGUGCCGUGACGCAGUUUGCCUUCAAGAGCGGCUUCGUGCCCGAGACGCUGGUGGCCUGGAUGACCAGCAAGAGGCUGCAGCAGCCGAUUGCGCGCAAGAAGAAGUUCCCCGAGGUCAAGGAAGUCGAGGUGGCGGCGGCCGAGGCGGCGGAUCCCGCAGAGGGAGUGCGUGCCACGCCCAUGGAACACAAGGUCCUGCACUACGUGCGCUGGAUGGUGGAGCAUCACCGUGGUUUCGUGCCCGCGUUCAUGUCAUGCAUUCGAUACGCGCCGCUGACCGACCAACAUGAGGUCUGGGCGAAGCUGGGUGAGAGGAAGAAGGGGACCACGGUGGUGCUACUGGCCAAGGGAGACGAGAUUAUUGAUGAGGCUGAUUACACGAGGACCGGGUUGCCGUUGAUCGGCGGCGAGGACAAGGUGUUCUGGAGGGUGCUACCGGGAGGCCAUGAUUUUGUCAUGACACAUGCAGACGAUUGUCUCAAAGCGCUAGACGAGGCAUGGGCAUAG